CCUGUCCGCCAGACUCAAUCUCUCCCUAGUUGAAACGGACUUUCACUCACAAAGCUCAAAAUUUAUUUACAAUCUCGAGUUAAAAUUUGUCUCGUAAUUUCACAAAUUAAUUUCACGACACCAAUUUCCUCCUAAAUUUCUCAAGGUUUCCGUUUUUCACCCAUCAUUAUGCGGUUCUGUACAGUAACGUGUGAGACUAGGCGUGAGACUAAUGGUAACAUCUUUUGGAACAUAUCCAUUUUAGGUUUAAAAGACACCGAAGCUAGCGUAAUGAGGAGAUGCCAUGCCGAAUUCGACCUGAAGUCAACGUCACCUGUGGACGUUCUUAUCGUUGAAGCUUCGUCAGUCGCCAGCAGCUCGUUCGACUGGGUUAAUGGCGUCAAAGACACAUUUACGUUCAUGAACAAUAGGCCGGAAGCGAGUUUGAAAUUGGCUGUCAAAUAUAUCAAUGAUUUGGAAGACCGUUGGAAAUAUUGUUUUGUCAGCAGCACGGCCGUUGCCUAUGAAGAUAAGAACAAGUGGACCUUUACUCUGCGAAGUAAUCCGAAGCGCAGUUCUCUAACUGAACCAAUCAGGAAAUGAUAUGAUAUAAUUAUUUUAAUCGAGAUCUUUGAUACUCACUUGAAAAAUGGAGUUGUUCACGAGCGUUUAAUUUGUUAGUCGCAAAGAGCAUGUUUUUGCGCAAGUUCUUGUAUGUAUACUUUUCUGUUCCAUUAAUUCUUUGGGGAAUACUAUUAAAAUAAAAUGAGGCAUUUGCCUCUUAAAUUUUGCAAAAGUUGUU